GACAUCAGCCAGAGCAGGCUCCAGAGCCCACCACGAUGCCCAGCCCUGCCUCUCAGCCCCACUCACCUCUGCCAUCCCUGCUGCUGCCCCUGCUGCUGGGACUCCCAGGAGUGGCAAGAAUGGAGGAGCUGCAGGUGAUUCAGCCUGACAGGUCAGUGUCGGUCGCUGCUGGAGAGUCGGCCACUCUGCGCUGUACCGUGACCACCCCAGUCCCCGUAGGGCCCAUCAAUUGGUUCAAGGGGACUGGGCGAGACCGAGAAUUGAUCUACAGUCAAAAAGUUCACUCCCCCCGGGUGACAAAUACCACAGAUCACACAAAGAGAGACAACCUGGACUAUUCCAUCCGCAUCAGUAACCUCACCCCAGCUGAUGCCGGCACCUACUACUGUGCGAAGUUCCGGAGAGCAACUCCUGAAAACGUGGAGUUUAAGUCUGGACCAGGAACCGUGUUAAUUGUGCGUGCUAAGCCCUCUCCUCCAGAGGUUUCUGGCCCCUCCAGCAGGGCCAGCCCAGGUCAACUACUGAACCUCACGUGCAUAUCAACUGGCUUCUCUCCCAAAGACAUAGAUGUGAAAUGGUUUGAAAAUGGUGUGGCACUUCCAACCUUUCAGACCCUCGUCUUCCCGCCUAAAGAUGCUUCCUCCUACACUGUUGUCAGCACUGCCCUGGUGACUCUUGCCAUCUCCUCAAUGCACUCCCAGGUCACCUGCCAAGUGACUCACAGUGAAUUGCAGAGACCCCUCAGAGGGCACGUGAACAUCUCCCAAUUUCUCCAAGUUGUGCCCACGGUGACUGUCUCAGCACACUACAUCCCAGAACUCCAGGCAGCCAUCCUCACCUGCCAUGUCCAGAGGUUUUACCCCAGAGACAUUCAAAUCACCUGGCUGAAGAGAAACAGAGACUUCAAGACCUGUGAGGUCCUUAUCCCCACUGAGAAUCCAGAUGGCACAUCCAACCAAGACAGUCAUAGCCUGGUCAACACUUCAGAGUGGGAGGAUAAAAUGCUGUUCACCUGUCAAGUGUGGCAGAACAACCAGGGUCUGGUCCAGGCCAGCAGACAGCUGAGCAAGUUCAGAGAAGAACAAGGGAGUUCAGAUAUGAUGGUGACCAGAUCCCUCUUCCUCCUUGUCUGGAAGCUAUUUCCUCUGACUGCACUUUCUAUUAUCUAUAUUUUCAAGAGGAACUCCCCUCCAGAACUGGCCUAGGAGGGGGACCUGUCAUGAUGCCGGUAGCUGCUACCCCUGCUUCUCCUGCCU